AGUCCGUUUGGCCAGGGCUUAAUACUAUUUUUACGACUGUUUAUUUCUUUAAUUGUGACAGAAUCAUUAAAAUUAUCACCCUGCUAAUUGCCGUGGCUUAAAGUGUUUAGUUUGUUCAGCAAAUACGUCAACAUCAGAAGUCAAAGUGAAUGGUGUGUGGGUUUGUAAAGUAAACAAAGAACUACGAGCGACGGCUGCGGAAUCAAUGUAGCAAAACACUGUUCACGAAACUGUUUUAUGAUAUCCGAAAUAACUAAAGGUACCCAUCAAGCAAUUAAUUUCGAGUUAUUGUACGUACAAAAGACGUUACUCCGUUAUGAAGGAGUUUUUUUCUAACAGAGUAAAGCUAUAUCGAAAGAAAGAUUACAGUCGGAGACUCCGAGAAGUUGUCGUUGGUUGCAUAAUCAGGUGAUCUGAUUAAAUAAAAAGGAAAAAAAACAAUGUUUUACAAAGGAAACGUGGCAUUAAUAGCGAGACUCAUGCUGAAUUUCUUUAUUCUCCUCACCUGUGCACCUUGAUAAUGUAUUGACAUGGUAAAGAGAGGUUAAAUGCCAAUCAAUGUUCUUUUUUUUUUCUUUUAACUAAAAACAGCAAUGACAAAACCUUAGCCUUCAAGUUGAGAUGUAGAGCGUAUGUGUUAAGUGUGCAGGUAAUAUAAUUCGGCACAACUGAAGGCUUGAAAUUCAAAUUAUUGCCAUGUCAAGAAAAUGUCAUGGUUCAACUAUCCUUUGUCUCAUUAAACACACACUUGCGCAUACGUGUAGAUUUACAAACCACAAAGACAAUUUAUCGCACUACUCAUUCUAGUGUAUUCACCCGGAUAACGCACUUUUUAAUUUUUCGCCGAUAUCACGAACGAUACGAUUCACGAUUUCUGAACGUUUAAAUCUAAAGUUAUGAUAAGUUCGACUUCCUUGUUAACUAAUUCCUUAUUGCGAGAAUAAAAGAUUAACUGAUUAACAUACAGCCGACCAAAUUCUGACGUGGCCCUAGAAGUUGUCAAAAGAGUGGUUUGUGAUCCUUGAGGAAGACAUCGAGGAAGUGUUAAUGACGAUGCUACAAAGAUCACGCGAAAUGUUGCUCUUAUUGAUAUUUCUUCUGGCUUUCACAGCGAUACAAGAAACCACAACGGCAGAACGGAAGAUCGACAUCCGUAUAUUCGACAGAAGCUACACCGUUAGCAGAGAGGACUUGGAGAGAAAAUUGACCACGGCAGCUCUGACAGAACGAGGUUACCGAAAAACGACAACAUUCUCCCAAACAGCCGAAGACGAAGAUGAAUCACGGCUACUUAAGAUUGUGCGCUACCAGAAAAGAGUUCCUUGUCAAAAAAUGGCAAUGGUUGAAGACGAAUUACGCAGAAGUAUCCCUGGUGUCUGGGGGCAUGAAGUGUCCAGCGAAGUGCAAAAAGAGGCAGCGAAAAGAAGGGAGAAAAACCAGCGAUGCACCGCCGGAAUUGAAAUUCAUUUCCCUUCAAAAAGAUGUCAGCUGAAAAAGAAAGUUAAGCGUGCGGUUCCAGGAUGUACGAACCCGAACUCUUGUUUCAUGUGCUUUAUAGCAUCGGUUCAGUGAACGUUAAAGGAUAGCUGCUUUUCAGUGUUGCAUACUAAUACUAUAAUGAGGGAGACGGCCUAAACGGCCUAUUUCUUGUAUGAGCUGUUGAACUUACAACAUCACAUCAAACUUUGCAACGCACUAAUUUUGCAAUAAAUUAGUCACUGACAUUUUCCAAUAGUGCAUGUACUACAGAAGAUAUAUUAUUUCCGAUGAAUCGUUAACAAAAUUAAAAAUUGACUCGCGUGUCCGAAACCUAAUAUUUGUAAGAAUAACGAUUGAUUUGAAUGAGUCCGUGAGGUCUAUAAAGUAAUGACACAAGCAUUUAAUACAAAUUACGGCACACAUCGAUUGAAAGAAUUAUGAAUUUCUUCGAGCAGAUAUAUUACACUUCGUAUAGAGACUUUAGAACUUUGAAGGUAUAGUGCGGAGAAAACGGAAACGAUAUUACACAUUCUCCUUCAAAUUGGGUUUGGGUUCGCUUUAGGUGGGUAGAGUAAACUAUGACACGUUAAAAACACGUGAAGGGGUUUCGAAUAACUAAAACAUUAAAGGAUAAAAAUAAACGCGAGCACAUAACUGUUUAACUAUUACAUUAUUCGGUUUGUACGUAAGUGACAACAAAUAAUUCAUAAAGUAACAUUUAACGACGAAAUCGAGGCCAUCUCUGUUAUAGUUUUCACUGAAAUUCUAUGGAUUCACUCCGACAGUUUACUCACAGGCCGUCUCCGUGUGUUUAAUUACUAUAUUUUCUCCUUUAUUUCUCUCUGUUGUGUGUUAGACGUGCAUUGAUGUUAAUUAAUACCGAAUGUAAAGAAUAAAAUUACAUGUUGUCAUCUUGUUUGAAAACAGUCCAAAUGGGCAAACUGGAACACCAAAUAUUAUGACAGACUUAAUGAAUUAUAUGCAAAGUGGAAUGGCUGAA